AUGUCAUCGAGUCUUGGUUUGAUUGCUCGUCGGUUUGUCUCGAAUCAAGCAUCAGCGUUGACAAAACCGAAAAAGUUUUAUAAGGAGGUGACACUGGCUAGUGAGGUGGAUGAGAAAACUGGCAACCAGAUUCAUAAAGUUCUUCUGGAUCAUCAUGUUCUGAAGACCCAAGGAGGGCAAGUGCUUAAGCUCGACUCAUAUCCAUUAGCACUGGCAAUUGCACAAGAAUGGUCAUCUCAAGACGAAUUUCUCCAAUUGGGUCAGAUGAGACUCACUGGACUCGCUUUUACUUCUCAGGACAACCCACUGGAACAAUCUGCUGACACCAUCUCGCAAAAGAUUCUUGACUACGUUGACGGUGACACUGUACUUUUCUUCAAUACCGAGAGCUCAAAACUUCACCGUUACCAGGAGGAAAACUGGGCACCACUUAUUAAAAAUCUCAAUUCGGAUCUUGGAAUUCAAGUGCGUCCCAGUGAGAGUAUUCUGGAUUGUGAUGUUGCGAGCGAGACUGAUAAGGACAAGAUUGACAGAUGGGUUCGUCAGCACAAUUUCCCGGCUCUCGUGGGACUACAGUAUGCCACAGAAUCAGUGAAAUCCUUCAUCAUCGCCUACAAUGCCAUCCGCCAUCACAUCGACCCAGAAACCGCCAUCGACGCUGCUACGUUGGAGCAGAGAACUCAGGCAGAAACGUGGGGAAGCGUUGAAUGGGCGCAUGGAUUGGAAAGAGAGGAACUGUUGUCAAGGCUGUCGGCGGCGUGUCUCUUUGUCUAUUUCAAUUCCAAUAAUUUCACUUCUAAAACUGUUUGA